CUUGGUUGUUGGGGAAUUACCUUUUCAGUCUGGCAUUGGAACGUUAAGCGACUGUGGUGUAGACUUCACCUUCCAUCUAUCUCCGCCUCUAACACUGCUGCUCACUGCUUCUGUGGCAUGACGCAUGGCAGGUAGCAAGUCCUGGAAUGCAAUGUUAGCAAGCGUGCCCUCGCCUGAUGAAGUCCCAGGUGAGGAAAGGUCCCGAGGGGCCACCAGAGGGGAUGCGAUCCACGACGCCUCGCUUGGCUUACCGUUGGGCACCAUUGAAGAUGACAGCCUUUUUGCAUCCUUCGACGACGUCUUCGACAACACCGCUUCAUACGACUGGUUCGUGAGUGAUGUUUCAAACCAUCAAUCCCUCCAUGCCACCCCCGAAACUUCACCCUUAAACCAAUUUCGUUCGGAAUGGAGCGACCAAAAGCGAUCUCACGAGCCCCAGACCUCAGGGCUGGACAAUUCACCAUUUUUCUCGACGGAUUCCAGGCCCAGGAAGGCCAGCCAAAGGCCAAAUGUUUUCCAGAAUCCUGCAAUCGAUCAAGACGACCAACUCCUCCAAUUCAAGAGCUUGUCACCCGAACAUCGUGUAGUUGAUUGCAACGGGAAGUCUGUGCCAAUGUCGAUCACUGCGCAAUUGCAGGGCAAUUUCUUCCUGGCCAAUUCGCAGCCGGAUGGUGAUCCGGAACUGACGAUUCAUCGGCGCAACCUGUUUCGCAUCUCGGGUAUGAUUUCGACGAGUUCAAAGUCAUGCUGUGUGGUUGACGAGCUGGGCAAUCUCACGGCCCUCGCCAGUGUCAACGUGUGUCUGACCGCUACGGAAUCGAUCGAAGGCAGAAGAGUUGAGGUCAUCCAGGUGUCGUCGUCCAAGACAACGGUUCCCGCACUCUCAUCGGCUGCGGAGGACUCUUCGCCUCGUGCUCCUGUUCCCAUUCGGUUGGGUCUUACCACCGGAGCCGGAAGUCCUGGGGAGGAAAAGGCGCUCUCAUUCAUGUGGAAGAGACUGCAAUUCAGGAGCUCGACCGCUAACAAUGGUCGACGCAAUGGUGUUCAGCAGAAAUAUCUCCUGAAGUUGACUAUGAAAGCCGUCCUAGCGACAGGUAAGGAGAUUUGCUUCGCGGAGACCGAGUCUAGUGCCAUAAUCGUCCGUGGAAGGAGUGCGGGACUUUUCACGAAUCGAGAGAAUCCUGAGCAAUCAAGUCGAAAGUCGUCCCCUGCGGUCCAGUUCCCGGCCAGCGUUGCGGCGACGCCUGAUCUUGCUCCUGAUUCCAGGAGCUACGUCUUGGCAAGAAAUACAAACACAAACACACCAGUACAAGCUCAUUCAACGCCACUCCUGCCGUGGUCGCGAGUGGAAGCACUCUCCACGAACAGGACCUUGGAGCUCAGGUUCAACAAGACGGAUUCAAUGCCACAGAAUGUGUCAGAUCGUAAGCGAACUAGUUUGGAGCGCACACCCGGGAGCGUCCCUCUUGUGACCGAUGCCACUGCUCAUAGGCUAGAAGAUGGAGCUGCCACCAGUAACGUCAACAACAGUAACAAACGCGCUUUAUAUGGCGAUACCGAUGGUAACCGAAGCAUGCCCGGGACGUCGACGUCGACUCCAGGCGUUGAGAGGCUGGAGCCAGAGCCAGAGGCAGACCCGUUGUACGAAUACUUCCCACUGGGUCUGGAAGGAUGGAUGCCUCCCGUGGACGCAGUCUACAGACCUCACAUUGCACAUAACACCCUCCUGGUACCCGACCUACAAGCUCUGUUUGACAAUCGAGUGCUCGACUGACACUACUUGUAAUGUUAUCUCUAGCAAACCUUCUUUUGAUUAUUCUAUAUCUAUUUUUGGGUGACGGACCAUCACCAUUUAUUGCUG